AUAUACUCUUGGUAUAUAAACAAGGAUAAAUGUAUUGAUACAAUUAGCGGGUUUAGUUAUCAUUUAAUUUCUUAAACUUAUUACCUUUUUUUAAUACAUUUUAUUUCCUCAUUUUUCACCGAAUACGUUACGUUUACUUCUUGACCACACAGUGAACAGUAUCCCCGAACAAUCGUGAUUGUCAACAUCAUCAUUAUUAGAUUCAACAGUUAAAUACAUAUUGUGAAAUCAUUAAUUAUUUGCUUUAUUUUUAACUGACAUUCAAAGACAGUGAAGACAAACUGAAAUGCAACUUUAAUGUGUUCCCUCGACUUCCGUUAAAGACUGAUAUAACAGCAGUCAAAGUACUACAUAAUAGUGGACUAGUUAAACGUGUACAUAUAUAUAUGAAAACCUGUGCGAUGCUUAAUAUAUAAUCCUUUGCUUAUGUAUUCUAAGAUAUGAAAAGAACAAAUUGUCAAAUUAUUCAAGUAUUCUUCAUGUACAUAUUACAUCAUUUACAAUACACUUAUCUAUUCAUUCUACUGAUAUUACAAAUAGAGUGCAAUUCUCUGAAUCACUCCAGUUUAAAAGAACUUUAUUAUUCUAUCAAUGAAGAAUCAGAGAUUGGAUCGUAUAUAGGCAAUUUAAAGUUGGAUUCAGAAAGAAAGUUUUUUAUCACACCUAAUGAUGGAGAUAAGGCUGAGAGUAUGUUGACUACACCGACUUUUGAAUUAUAUGAUGAUACAAAUAAAAAGUUAUUUCGAAUAGAAGAGACAAGUGGAAAGUUGUUUGUUGCAUCACGUAUAGAUCGUGAGACAAUAUGCCCACAGCCAGAUAUUUCACCUGAUGGACUGGAUAGAAUACUAUCACUCGGUGAUACAUCUUCAUCUCCGUCCACUCCCUCUUUAAAAGAAGAAUGUCAGGUUCACCUGACAGUCUGUAUUUCUCGCGUUCAUUGGAUUAAUGUCAUUAUAACAAUACACGAUAUCAAUGAUCAUGCACCCUUCUUUCCAAUCUCUUCUUUAGUUACACCUGGUGAAGCGAAUAAAUUGAUAUAUAUAGUGAAUGUAUCCGAAUCAGUUAGUUCUGGCUAUGAAGUACCCCUCAUGAUUGCUAAAGAUCCCGACGAAGGUGUUAAUUCAGUUCAGUCAUAUUCACUUCGUGGUAGUGAAUUUGACUCAACAUUGUUCUCGCUAUCCUACAGGCCACCGUACAGUUUAAAUCUUGUCAUUUUAGGUGAGUUAGAUGCUGAAGUGAAGAAUGUUUAUACUGGUGAAUUAAUUGCCUGUGAUGGUGGUCAGGUAAUCCCAAAGUGUUCUAAUCAACCAUUUCAACUGCACAUAACAGAUGUCAACGAUAACAAGCCUACAUUUAAUCAGACAGUUUACGAUGUUGAAAUUUCUGAAGACAUUCCAAUCAACUCUACAAUUAUUAAAUUGACUGCAGUCGACUCCGAUUCCAGUCAAAAUAAUGAAUUGUCCUAUAAAUUUGGAAGACCUUUAAGUCAAUCUUCUCAAGAACAUUUCAUAAUCGACGGUAAUUCUGGAGAAAUCACUUUGAAACGUUUGUUAAAUGCUAAAGAGAACACUAUAUUUCUUUUACCUGUUUUAGCAUUCGAUAGUGGCUCCGUUCCAUUAGUAGGUCAAACAAUGGUUCGUAUUACAGUGAAAGAUACAAAUGAUCAUAAUCCAUGGAUUGAAAUCCGAUCAAACUACGAAGCUAACUUCCAUAAAUCAAUGGCUAACAAUACUCAAAAUGAAGCAAAUUCUAAUUCUACGGAGGUUCAACUAUCGUUAAAUGAGAACCAACCAGCAGGGACAAAUAUUGGACUGAUUAUUUCUGGAGAUGAAGACAUUGGGGAAAAUAGUGCAGUAACUUGCAGGCUUCAGUCAAAUGUGAAAGACUUUAACCUUGAGCAUGCAAAUUCUGCAAAGGGAAGAGAAAUUUACCGUUUAAGUACAAAUAAAUCAUUUGAUCGAGAAACAGUGUUCAAUGGAGUUAUCCGGAUUACCAUAAUAUGUGCAGAUAGUGGUAAGCCAAGCCGAACUACUGAACAAAAGAUUCUGUUAAAUAUUCUCGAUAUAAAUGAAUAUCGACCAGAAUUCACUGAACAGAAGCGAUUCAUUGAUUACACCAUGCCAGAAGAUCAACCUUUAGGAACUGUUGUAAUGCAAAUUCAAGCUUCAGAUGCAGACUCUACCCCAGAAAUCCAAUACCAUAUGUCACGUGAAGCACAGUCGUAUUUCCACAUUGAUGCUGACACUGGUAUCAUAACUACAAGAGCUGUAUUGGACAGAGAAACAAUGCCUCAGAUUAGAUUUCUUGUGUAUGCUACUGAUAAUUAUUCAUCGGAACCCUUUCAAGGCAGUGAUGCUGUCACUGCUAAUGUUACUGUUCACCUAACUGACAAAAACGAUAACAGUCCUGAGCUUAUCGGUACUAAAACGUUUCAAGUAGUUGAAAAUCGUCCCGGAUUUUCUGAUUUAGUUGGUCAGCUAACGUCCAUUGAUCAAGACUCUGGAAAUAACGCAACAGUACAUUACAAACUGUUGUCCGUUAGUAACAGCAAGAAUAAUCGAGCUUCGAGUGAAUUAUUUAUGAUUAACGGUGAGUCUGGUAAAAUAUUUGCAACUAAGAAACUCGAUAGAGAGGAAAAUAGUCAAUAUGAAUUGACAGUAUUACUAUAUGAUCUGGGAACACCUGUUCAACGGAGUUCAACAGCUACGAUAAUCAUCAAUGUGAUGGAUGAGAAUGAUAAUCCUCCUCAAUGGGGUGAUAUUUUACAGAUUUCUACGAAAGUUGAAGUUGGUGAACAAACUGAUCUUUUCAAACGACCACAUAUGAUGGGUUUGGGCACAGUUACUGACCUAGGUGUUAUGAAUUUAACAGCACCAAUCUACCGAGGACAACAAAUACUUAUUUUAGUCGCCAAGGAUGCCGAUGACAAACCAAAUGCAAAUUUAACAUUUCACCUACUUCACGUACAACUUAUCAGUUCUUAUUACACCAAUAAUAAAAAUACACUUCCAUAUAUCAAUAAAAUUCAUUCCCUGAAUUCAUAUGCAUCAGUGAAUUCACCUUAUUUUUCGAUAGUCUCUAAAAGCGGCGAACUGAUUGCAGGCCCUGGUUCAAAAGGUAUCGGGUUAACAGAAAGUGGAAUUUAUGAAUUAUAUAUUCGUGUAUGCGAUAAUGGCAAUCCACCGUUGGACUCUAACGCUCGCUUAUUUCUACAAGUACACCAGUCUUUGAGUUCAGUCUACAGUGAUAAAUAUGGUGAAAAAGGUCUUUUUGGUUAUAUAUUAUCGAGUGGUCAUUUAGGAAUAAUGUUAAUCGUUGUCAUACUGUUGGUUAUGUGUCUUACUUCAAUAUGCCUUAUUAUUGCAUUCAUCUCAAUUCGUCGGAGAUCUACUCAACGGCAACUUCGUGCAUCUAGUCGUAAAGCGUCUAAAUAUGAUAAAAAUUCAUUUCCACUACAAUUGAAUGAUGAAUUAAUUAUGGAAGGAAAUAUGAAUUUAGACGGUACAAUCGGCAACUAUGGUAAAUUAUAUCACUCACCGAUUAUGAAUGCAAUGUGUGGUGCAGAAGGUGAAAGUCUGUAUAAAUGGAAUCCAGAAUGUGGUUAUACAGUUGGAAAUUUCGGACCACCACCAAUUUAUAAUUUUUGCGCAUUGAAUACAACACUAGAUAGAAUGAGAUCAAGUCGUACGGAUAGCGAUAAAAGUAGUUCAGCCCUCGUGUCAUCUGAAUUCCCAUGUCCUAUUAAUCAUUAUUCUGAAGAAAGAACAAUUAUGAACGGUGAUCUUACUAGUCCUCAUGAAUUUAAAUCUCCACUGAGAAACAUAUCCAAAGCCGAUGGAACUGGAAAUAAUAAUACCAACGUUAAUACCUAUACAGAAAAGUGUUUUAUUCACACAUCCAAUCAGUCUGAAUUGAGUGAGCAACUGCGUAUGAAUAUUGCUGUCUCAGAAGUCGAUGGGGGAAGUGCAGACUCUGGUCAGGGAGCCAGUGAAGAGGAACCUGUCAAUCAUGAUUCGACAAAACUCAGGUCAAAGUACGCACGUCCUUAUAAUUCAAAAGAACUCUUACUAAACAAAACACAAUGCAGUCCAAUACCAUCUUCCAAUGAUUGUUUAUUUGACAGCCCAUCGUGGAAAAAAGGAAAUCGUUAUUCAAUUAAUGAAUCAAAUCUUUGCACGCAGACUGCAUUACCUUCAAUAAAUACAUUUACACAUCAGAAGCCACUGGAGAACAAACAGUUCUCUCUGACACUUCACAGUGUCACCUCGUCGGAUUCCCAGCGUCAGUCACCGAUAGUGAGCGAUACACUUCAACCUAGGUGGCGAAAACCGUUGUUUAGUAAUGUAGAUUUAGGGCAUCAUAAUCAUUUAUUUGAUGAACCACCACUGAGAAAGACAUCGAUUGGAAAACAGUCCUCGACACUUCCGUUAGGCACUAAACCGUCUAUCAUAAAUAAUGUAAAAUUUAUUGAAGAUAUUGAACACAAUCGAAGAAAGGACAUAAUGUUGACAAAUUCCCACAUCGUUAUGGAUCAUUGAAGGUUUUUGAGUCAUUUAACUCCUAAUGUUGGUGUAUACACACAGGAUGAAGAAAUAUCACUACACAUUCCAAAUGGGAUUUCUCUUUUUAACUUAUUUGAACCCCAGUGCUAAACUUAUAUCAAUAGUUUUUUUCAUAAAAUUGCUGCUCAAAUAAAAUUUUGGGAAAAAUUCUCAUAAAAAAAGCAGUGUAUUUAUCAAAUUUCAUAUUCAUUCCAUAAAAUAAUUGUUGUAAUCAAGGAGGACCAGUGGUAAAAUGUGAAACAAUUUUUGAGAAGUGAUUUUGUUUUAUUUUCCAGGGAAGAAAUUAUAGAUGCAUAACAUACCGCUUUUCCUAUACCUCUCUAUAUUUCUCUUCUUCCUUAGAUUUUUUCUUCUACAACUCAUAUAUUGCGAAGCCUAAUUAUUGAGUAUUUGUUGAAAAAAAUAUUUAACUAAUUUUACUAGGACUCUGUGUUUUUAGCGUGAUAAAAAAGAAAUAUAUCUACAUUAUUGUAUAUUUCCUUAUCAUCUUUAUGCUUUCUGUUGAAAUACAAUUUUAUUCUUUCGCUUCACUGGAAUAUAAGACAGUAUGUAGUAAAUACACCCCGUGGAUAGCAAAAAAAGAUGGAAACUGUCAAUAAUGCAUAAAUCAAUGCUGCUUUUUAAUUUGAUAAACAGUUGAGCUUACACUUACAAAUUUUUAAAACGAUUAUAUCAUAGAAAUAUACUUGAAAAAAUGAAAAUAUAUUUGUUUUCAAUGGACAUAU